AUAUAUACACACACAUUCUCAAACUUUUUCCUCUUAUCUCAAGUUUCACUUUUCUUUACUGUUUAUUUCCCCAGAAUCGAAGAUCUUCUCUCCAAGGCUAAUUCAAGUCGAACCCCAUUUCUUCUCAAGAAUUUCUUUUUAUCCAAAAUGUUAUUCAAUUCUUCAUGAUUUUGAUCUCUCUGGUGUUCGUAAUUCGUUUCAGGAUUUCUUCCCGUGUAUUGAAAGAUGCUGGGAGAUUUCAUUACCAGACUUCUUAUAUUGGUUCUUGGGUAUGCAUAUCCAGCCUUUGAAUGUUAUAAAAUCAUUGAGAAGAACCGGGUGGAGAUUGAAGAACUCAGAUUCUGGUGUCAAUAUUGGAUUCUGGUGGCAAUGCUGACAGUUUGUGAGAGAAUUGCAGACGUUUUUGUUUCAUGGUUGCCCAUGUACGGCGAGUUGAAGCUGGCAUUUUUUAUCUACUUAUGGUAUCCGAAAACAAAGGGAAGUGGGUAUGUUUAUGACACCUUGCUGAAGCCGGUUGUGUCGAAGCACGAAACUGACAUCGAUCGAAAGAUUCUGGAAAUGAGGGCAAGAGCGUGGGACUUGGCUCUUUACUAUUGGCAUAAUUGCACGGAAUUAGGCUCUGCAAAGUUCUUUGAAAUGCUUCAAUUCUUGGCGGGUCAAUCUGCAAGGUUUAGCAGUAAUAUCAAUCAGAAAUCCAAUCAGCAAGCGCCAAGUGCACCGCCACUGCCAGAAAUGCAGAAUUCAGGCAAGCCCCAUAAAUGGUCAUCGUCUUCAAGCGGCGGACAACCAUCUUCACCAACAGUCAAUCGGGCCGUAUCAGAGCCCAUGAAGCCCAAUAUGGUCCAAGUCCACACUCGCAGCCCAUCCGAGCCCGUUAAUCUCGAAGACCAUCCUUACCCGGACUCCCCCAGCGCCCCCGCCUCACCAAACGACAGCCUCCUCCUAGCUCGUCUCAGGCUCCGCCGUCAAACCCCCCACCAUUGAAAUGAAUCAAUGAUUACCCAAUUGUACAAAACAUUAAAAAAAAAAAAAAAAAAAAAACACCC